AUGUCGGGUGGGCGGUAUAUUACCAAUGGGUAUAAGCCUCAAAUGGAGACGAUGCCCUCUUCCCUCCGUGUCCCACAGUCAAGCCACAGUGGGGCUGAACUCCCGCCGAAGACCCAGCCCCCCAGACACGGCGGAGCAGCGCGCAUGGCGAGCGAUGCAGAGCGAUGCAGAGCGGGGCAGAGCGAGGCAGAGCGCACCAAUGGCACGGGCUGGAUCGACCAUACUCUCCGAGUUGAGCUUCUCUUCGUGCCAAAAGUCAACUUCAUAGAAAGCUUCGUUGACCGAGGCAGCCUGUCGUUCAUCAAAGGCCCUGUUGUUUCCCAUUCGAUACCGCGCUUCCUCCUUCUUCAUCAGAGCAGCCGGGCUGACGCUGCGCGUCUCUUCCUGCUGCGCCUUCUUCUUCAUCCUACACCUAUAUUUACACGAUCACUUCCAGCCAAUCGACACUCGGGUAGGCAUCGUCGUCUUUGUUUUGCACCAGCCUCCCAGAGCACCAGCUUCUCGGAGCACCAGCUUCCCGGAGCAUCAGCGUCCCAGACCGCAUCCACCAACACACAGCCCGACGCAACCAUGGCAGAGCUGGUACUCCUGCCCACAUCCACAUAUCAGCCUCCUUCGCCCUCGCAGGGUCGAAGGCCAGGGAGGUUGCUUAAUACUAUAAUCGAGGAGGAGAACGAGGACGGUCAGCAAUGGCACCAGCUCCAGCUGCGCCAGAACCAACGACAACGCGACGGCCGCAAGCUUCAACCCCCCGCCAACGUCCAGAUCGAGGCCUGGCUCUCCCCCAUGAGCGACCACUUCCCCACGCCUAGGGGCUUUCACUUCAUGUCGGCCCCCAUCCUCCCAUCAUCUCCCUCCGACGACUCGGUCGAGGAGCCUCUGUCCCCGACGACCACCUCGAACCCGUGGAACCACCGAGCCAGCGUCAUGACAGACAUCACCGAGUUUGACGAUCUCUACGGCAUCAGCGACGACGAGGAGCAGCGCCUGCGCGGCAUGCCCUCGAGGAAGUCGUCUGUCCGCCGAAGGAACACCGCCGACGCCGUCAACCACGUCCAGACGGCCAUGACCGCCCGCAAGGGGUUGCCCCCCUUGGUCAUCCCCGCGGCGCUCAUCAACACAACCGACGACAGGUCUGCGCGCUCGCUCAAGAACAAGCUCAUCUCCCCCGUGCCGCCGACACCCCCGACGCGCGUCGAGAUGUCGCCCGAGCCUGGACGGCAGCCUGACUUCGGAGCAGCUGGCCCAAAUGUCGGCGCCCCCACCCCCGUCAUCGGCAACGACGACGGUGACAAGGCCGAAGACUGGUCUGGAGUGCAGCUCCAGCCAGGCGCUUUGGCAACCCUGCAGGCGCUGUCGGGGGAUAACGACAGCGUCGACGGGCACCACGAGCACCAGGAGCAGGUCCUCGAGAUCCCCCAGGAGCCUGUUCGCGAGAUGCGCCAGCAGAACCUCCGCAUCUUCACCAACAUCCGAGCGACCGCCCCCCGCUCAGGCGAGAUGACGCCCGGCUCCCAACGGCGGUCUCUGGCUGAUCUUUCCAAGCUCGAGAUCCCCUCACCUGGCGGGUUCUUCUCUGGUCUCUCCCCGCGCACGAGGACCACCUGGCACAUGCCCAGCCGAACCCCCGAGGACAUGGUGCCGCCCACCUCCACCACCGCAGAGCAGUUCUACCGCUGCCCCUGGAACGUGGACGCCUCGGUGCCCCCCGUUCCCGCUCUUCCCAGCCUGCCGGUCCGCCAGCCGGCGGCGGCGGCCAGCAGCAUGGCAGAGCAGUUUUACCGCAGCAUCGCCAUUCCGUCCUCUCCCGUCGAGCGCAUCAUUGAGGUGGCGGAAGAUGACGUGGAGGACGACAUGCCCACCGCCAGGCCCGUCGUUCCCACCAUUGCAUCCGGCUCAUCUACGCCUGCGGAUCCCGUCUCUCCUGGAGUCGACGGAGCCGCGACCGAGAUUGUCACCACGUACGACCCGGAGUACGCUCGCAAGCAGGAAGAGGUGGCUCUGUCGAACCUUGACCGCACCGGCAUCUGGCUCAUGGCACAGCGAGCCUAUCUCAAAGCCAUAGACGUGGACGCAGAGGACAGCGAGCAGCAAGACCAAGGCCUUGAGACUAUCCCCGAGGCUGCAGAGGAGUCUGGCGACUUGGUGGUCAAGGCUCCAGAGCCCGCAUCCGCCGACCUUCCCAAGAAGAAGACGGUUCGGUUCUCCGCCCUCGUCUCGCUGACCAACGUACCGCGCUCGCUUCCCUCCAAGCUCUUGCGACAGGAAUCGGCCUACUACCGUGCCUUCCAGGACUACAUCAUCCAGAGAGGCCACCUCGAUGCCUUUGUCCACCAGCUGCCGCGCUUCGAGGUCCUCCAGGCCCAGCGCGUGUGCCGCCGCGAGUACCACCGCAGCCAGCUCCUCGGCAAGUAUCAACUGAGCGUCAUGCCGCAGUCGGCCAAGAAGCGACUGAGCGCCAACGUCGCCCGCGGCGAUGAUGUUCUCAUCGACGACCCUGAGAAGCUCAAGCGUGAGAAGGAGCAGGAGGCCAUGAGCCAGACGUCCAUGUCCAACUGGCACGUGGCCGCCACGCGCUACCUCAACGGUGGUCGCCUCAUCUCCGCGCCCGUCGCGAAGCGCCUCGGGCGUCUCUCUCGCAUGGCGCCGGGCCCCGACGGCUACCCCAACACCAAGAUCUACACCGUCACCACAAAGGCCGUCCGCCAGCUAUCCAACUCGAACAUUCGCGGUCCACCCAACCACCGCCAGGUCGCCGUCGAGCGCCUGACGCGUCUGCCCUUUGCAGACGCCCAGUUCGACCUCGUGUCGGCGCGCGAGCUGCACUCGCUCCUCAAGUUUGUCGGCGGCAACGGCGAGGACGAGUGGGAAGGGUGCCUGCGCGAGUGCAUGCGCGUCCUCAAGCCCGGCGGCUACCUCGACUUCUCCCUCCUCGACUCGGACCUCAUGAACGCAGGCCCGCUGGGCCUCGCUAAGAGCGUCGAAUUCGGCUUCACUCUCAAGACCCUCGGCUACGACCCGGCGCCCACGAGGAUGUGGCUCGCGCGCCUCGCGCGCGCCGGCUUUCCAGGAGACGCGCCGCGCCUGGUUCUGUCUGCCCAUCGGCGGCCGCCCGCCGGGGCAAGCCCCCUGCCGGCCCUUUCCGGGCGCUGCCGCCGCGGGGGAAAGACGGCUCACGCCUGA